UUUUUACGAGUUAACAAUUAAUUUAAAAUGAAUAAUCUAGUAAGGUUAUGUCCAUACAUAAGGUGGUUCAGUAUUCGUCGCCUGCAUACUGCAAAGUAUAUACUAAAUGUCGAAAACAGACAAUUGUAUGAAGAUAUUUUUCCUGAUAUUUAUGUGUAAGUGUUUUUCAAAUUUUUAAAGACGAUAUAAAGAAAUGUCUACACAGAAUUCGAUCCAACAGCAGAAAGUUUGCACAUAGGAAAUUUACUUGUUUUAAUGAAUCUUCUACAUUAACAAUGUUGCGGCCACCAAGUAAUUAUUCUGUUAGGAGGUGGAACAGGCUUAAUUGGUGAUCCAAGUUUUAGAAAAUCAGAACAUGUUGAAAUAGAGAAUGUUGUGCUUUAAAAAAAUCUGCUAUCCAUACAAAAUGAUAUAGAAAAGGUUUUUAAGAAUCAUGAAACAUGUUUUUAUACAAGCAAACGGAGAUUAUUACCUCCAAUAAUACAUAGUAAUUUAGAGUGGUACAAAGAUUUGAAUAUAAUUUCAUUUAUCAGAGAGAAUGGAAAGUAUUUUAGAAUGGGCACAAUGCUUAAUCGGACCUCUGUGCAGUCUAGAUUACAAUCUGAUAGCGGUAUGAGCUUUAUGGAAUUCAGUUAUCCUCUCUUUCAAGGAUACGAUUGGUUGCAUUUAAAGCGUACAUAUAAUUGCAAUUUUCAAAUUGGGGGUCAGGAUCAAAUGGGAAAUAUAAUGUCUGGGUAUGAUCUAGUAACUAAAUCCGUUAAAAAGCAAGUUUAUGGAUUAACAUUGCCAUUGGUCACAGCCGAAGGUGGGAAAAAGUUUGGGAAGUCUACUGGCAAUGCAGUUUGGCUUUCUCCUUCAAAAUCCUCUAGUUUUCAGCUAUAUCAGUACUUUGUUAGAGCAGAAGAUGCCGAUGUGGAGAAACUUCUACAAUUCUUUACAUUUAUGCCCUUAUCUAAAAUAAAAGUUAUCGUAGAAAAUCAUUUUAAAAAUCCAGAUUUAAGAAUAGCACAAAAAAUUCUUGCAGAAAAAGUUACAUUAUUGGUUCAUGGUGAAGAGGGAGUAAUUUCAGCAAGAAAAGCAUCUGCUAUGCUUUAUGACAGGUCUAUUGAAUCACUGUCAAAGCUAAAUGCAAAUGAACUGUCACAGUUGCUAGAAGGCGCUCCCUUAGUAGACAUCCUCUCUGAAACUAGCCUUUGCGUUUAUGAUUUAGCAAUGAAAGCAAACUGUUUUAAGACCGAACACGAUGCAAGAAGAAUUAUCUCAGCUAGUGGUUUUUAUAUUAAUUAUCAAAAAAUCACAAAUGCAGAGGAAAUUCUUGUACCUGGAAUACAUAUUUUCAGCAACAAUGUGACAUUACUUAGAGUCGGAAAAAAAAAUUAUUAUGUUGUACGGUGGUUUUAAAACGAGCAUAAAGGUUACCGAAAUCUACUGUGACAUUCACAUCAAAUAAUUUCAGUUUGUAAAUAUUAAAA